AUGAACGUAAUUCUCUUAUCCCUCAGAGAGUCACCUCAUAGCAUCAAACAACUUGAUCAAAUCCUCACCCAAACCAUCACAACUGGUCUCAUCCUCACCACCCCCGUUUGGAAUUGCAUUCUUAGAGCCUAUUCCAAGAGCCCCAAACCCACCAUAGCCAUUCUCAUUUACAACCAUCUCAUUAGAUCAAACUCUAUUCGCCCAGAUAACUACACUUUCCCAGCUCUACUCAGGGCCUGUUCAUGCAUGCCUUCACUUUCCAAAGGAAAAGAAAUACACGCCCAUAUAGCAAAAGUAGGCCUGGAUAGCGAUGUUUACGUACAAAAUGCUUUUAUUCACUUGUAUGGAUCCACUGGCCAAAUAGUUGAUGCCCAGAAAUUGUUUGAUAAAAUGUCUCACAGAGACUUGGUUAGUUGGAAUUCACUUCUUGCAGCCUAUUGUUCCAAUUCCGCGUUGCAGAUUAAAGCACUAGCUUUGUUCAAACAGAUGGUUUAUGAAGGCAUUGGGGUUGAUAAGUUCACUUUGGUGAUUAUACUGUCAGUUCUUGUAGAAGUAAGAAGGGCAGGAUAUGGAGCUGUAGUCCAUGGCCAUGUCAUAAAAGUUGGACUUGCUUGUAUCUUGCAUUUGGAGAACACGCUGUUGAAUGUCUACGUGAAAUGUGGGAACAUGAACGCAGCACUAAAAUUGUAUAAUGAGAUGGGUGAUAGGAGAGAUAUAGUGUCUCAUACUGUUUUGAUCAAUGGAUAUGUUGAGGCAGGAUUUGUAGAUUCGGCUCGUGAUAUUUUUGAUUGGACGAUUGUCAAAGAUAAAAUUUUGUGGAACUCAAUGAUUCAUGGUUAUGUUGAGGCCAAGCGUCCAAGGGACGCUUUAGAACUUUUCAUGAGAAUGGAGAAUGAGAUGGUUAGACCAGAUGAAAUGACUAUAGUCAGCAUUCUUGCUGUUUGUGCUUGCUCGUCAAACCUGCAAUAUGGUAGGCUUCUUCAUCGUUUGAUCCUCAGAAGCAACAUGACACCAGAUGUCUUCAUUGGGACAGCCCUGAUUGACAUGUACUCAAAGUGUGGAAGUUUAGACGAAGCCAUGCUAACAUUCUACAAAAUGGCUGAAAGGGAUGUUUUCACUUGGACGGCAGCAAUUGCUGGACUGGCAAAUUAUGGUUAUGCGAAUGAAGCUUUGAAGUUGUUUGAUCAGAUGGAGGAUCGGGGAGUUGACCCUAAUGAGGCGACUUUUGUUUCUGUAUUGGCAGCUUGCAGACAAUCAGGGCUAGUUAAUGAAGGUUGCUUAUUGUUCGGUAGGAUGGUGAGAUUUUACAAUAUCCAACCAAAGGUUGAGCACUUUGGCUGUCUGAUUGAUCUCUUGGGCAGGGCUGGUCUGGUAGAUAAAGCAGAGGAGUUCAUCAAAACCAUGCCACUGGGAGAACGACCCAUAGCUUAUAAAACCCUGCUUAGUGCCUGCAUUAGCUACUCAAAAAUUGAUCUUGGGUUGAAGGUUGUUGAUGAACUGAGUAGGUUGGGUUCAAAUGACCAUUCAGUUUAUAUCUUGCUGUCGAACUUCUAUGCGCUUGCAGGAGAAUGGUCUAAAGUUGCUGAUAUGAGAAGAAAUCUCAAAAGGUUUGGCCUGGCGAAAGCAGCGGGAAUUAGUUCCCUAGAAGUGAAAACCUGA